AUAUAUAUAUAUAUAUAUAUGUUCUGUUUGAUGAAUCAAGUUAAAGGUAAAUACAAAGAGCCAUGUGAUACUGUAGUUGUUGGUUGAUAAUCACUAGUAAAUUAUAAUCUUAAGGAAUGAUCUUGUCAAUUUGCAUUAGUAUUUUUUAAAAAUCUAUAAAUUGAACUGUUAAAUUUAUCACGUAUAAUUAACCAGUAAUAAAAUAUAUUUAAGAAAUUGAUGUGUGGGACGUUUUAUUUUAUUAUAUUACAGAACACUAAAUUCGAACUAGUUUCCUCUAGAUUUCGAUCGCUUUCGAUGGCUUUAUUUACUUCCUGUUACUCAAUCCCUUGGAUUGGUAUAGCCUCCUUUUCCAUAAUAAAACUAGACCGUAUUUUAUGAUAAAAUUAGAGGUUAAAAAUCAGGAUUACGAAUGUUGAUACAUGGAGAUGAUAUGAAUAUUUUAAAUCAUGAUCUCGACGGGGAUUAAAGACGCGUUAGCUACGUCUGCUUCAAUUUGCACAGUUUUACAAUUUUUGGCCGGCGUAUGCAUCUUAUGGAUGAGAUAUGGUAUGCUCAUUGGAGAUCGAUUUAUAUUGUUAGUGAAUGUAUUUGGUUCAAUACUCCAAGCGUCUUACGUUUACGUAUUCAUUUUAUAUAGUGUAAAAAAGUUUAAACCAAUAAGGCAAAUAAUUGCAGCAACUUGCUUUCUCACAGUUGUGUACUUUUAUAGUUUUUAUGAGGAAGACAAAACUUUAGCCUCAAAGUACGUUGGUUUCCUUAGUUGUACAAUAACAGUAUUAUUUUUUGCAUCUCCAUUAAUGAUGUUGAUAAUAGUUGGCUGGUCUGAAAGAAAGAUAAAUGAACAAAAUAUUUUCCAGGCACAUGUAAUAAGAGUUAAAAAUACAGAAAGUUUACCGUUUCCCAUUAUUAUGGCUUCUUUAAUAGUUUCUUGUCAGUGGUUUGCGUAUGGUUGCCUUUUGAAUGAUCAGUUCAUAGAAAUACCAAACUUUCUAGGCUGUGUAUUAUCUGCAUUUCAACUUUGUUUCUUUUUAAUUUAUCGUAACGAUCAAUCUAAUGAGGCUCACUUGAUAUAA